AUGGGGCCCCCAGGCAAUAGGAGAUCAUGGGGCACCUGUGUCCUUGCCCAAACUCAAAAAAGCCUAUGAAAAAGGUACCAGGGGCAUCUUAUGGGGCCCCCUACUGACCCCUGGACCUCGGGCAGUGCCCGAGUUUCCAAAUGAUCAGUCCGCGCCUGGUUAUUGCCUAUAAGCCAGCUGAUUCUGUUGUAACUUCUUGGAACACAGACAGCAAAAGAAAAAUUUUUGGUAGACUUGAGAAGUUUAGGAGCAUCUGCCUAAGUGUUAUAUCUGUGUCCCCACUGGGAAUAUUUUCUAUUACUACC